AUGCCUGAUCUUCGUCGCCAGAUCUUUGAGAGCGGCAAGACCGUUUCUCGCAAAGCAGCAUCUCGUGAGGCCUCGAGAGCCACCUCUCGCGCUAGUUCCAAGCCGACUUCACGCCAGUCUUCGCGAGCUGCGAGCAGGCAGCCCUCCGACGAGGAGGAUGCAGGGUAUCUUUCUGAUGAAACUGCCAUGAGUAUCGGCUCGAUUGAUGACGAGAAUCCCGAGCAAGACAAUAUCGACUGGCCCCAGGAACUGGCCGAUCGGAUCCAAGAAAUCCUCGAUCGCAAGCGUUCCAGUGUGCAGGGUCGUGAGGAGGCCCUGGCGGCUUUCUGCAGACUUACAAAAUAUCAUUAUGCGGUGGAGGAAGUCUACGCAUCGGUCGUGGAUCUGCUGGGUGCUUUCUCGAAGAGCGCGCGUUCAGACUCUAGCAUUCGAGAGAUGACACUGGCGCUGCGAGCGAUUGAACUCCUUGCCAUCACGGCCAGCGACGACAAGAUCUAUGAAAAUAUCGAGCCAUUUUUAUCUCGAACCAUUCGGGACUCCUCUUCCAACGCCGUUAAAGCCGCAGCAAUUCAGUCUCUCGCCGCGUGCACUAUCUUCGGUGGUGCAGGUGAAGAUGGAAUCCUAGACCAAAUGACCUUUUUGCUGGAUAUUGUCGCCUCUGAUGGGAACUCGAUCAAUGCAGCAGAUGAUCCAGUCAGCGUGACGGCGGCUUUACAGGCUUGGGGAUUCCUGGUAACCGAGAUUGACGACUUCGAAGACGAAAGCGAGGAAGCAGUGCAAAUCUUCAUGGACCAGCUAGACAGCAGCGAUUCCGCAGUACAGAUAGCCGCGGGAGAGAACAUCGCUUUGCUUUACGAGAAGAGCUAUACACCUCAAGAAGAUGACGAUGACGAAGACGAAGACUCUGAAGAGAGUGACGAGCACGAAACCGCCUCGAGCGGGCCGAAGCUCGUCAAACGUUACAACGCCUACCACAACACUCCCGAACUAGAGCGCCAAUUGCAAAAUCUGGCGCAUAUCCACUCGAAACAAAUCAGCAAGCGCGACAAGAAGUCCCUUCACAGCAGCUUUGCCUCAAUUCUCACUACAGUGGAGAACCCUCGUCGUGGACCUCGUUACAAUAUGGCCAUCAACCAGGACACGAACCAACACUACGGUAGCACUUUGUCGGUCAAGAUUGGUCGGCACGGCAUCAUGAGUAUUGAUCGGUGGUGGAAGUGGACUCGUCUGACGGCACUGCGCCGAACUUUGCAGGGAGGGUUCACUGAGCACUAUUACCAGGGCAACCGUGCUGUUCUGAACAAUUUGCCCGUGAUGCUGCGGAACACGGAUCACAGUCAUGGAGUUGAUCGACAGGGUGCGAAGAAGGCUGCUAAGAUGCGGAACUCUCGACGAUGGACUGCGCAUGAAUCCGAUGAAGAAGAUUAA